AUGGCGAAGGGAGAGAGGGUACCACAUACCCUAGCAGGCAAACUCAUCAAGCCCCGAGAGCCAGCCUUCACCAAGCCCCCCAACCAGGUAAGGAAACACUGCUUUUAUUUUGUGAAUCAGUUGGUUAGUUUACCCCUGGUCUGACAUCUCAGUGACAUUCAUGUUCCUUUGGUUUGGGUUUCUGUCAUGCUGUUAUGCCACGUCUGGAUAUCUGAGAGAUUGAGGGCAGGGAGUUAGUUAAUUCAAUAGAAAAUCAGUUGGAUUGUGAUAAUACUACUUACAGCUAAGGACCAGACAUAGAGGACGUUUCUCUCUUUCUCUGUUCGAUGGAUGACAUUGGUGUAAGCUCCCCCUGAGUGCCUUUAGGUACCAGUAAGACUGCCUGAAUGUCAGAAGGAGACAUUCCUGUGAAAGAAUGCGGUGUGUGUGUGUGCCAGUGAAAAUAUGUGAAGCCGUGUACUCGGGUGAGUAAAUGGAAUGCUUACUUAUUGAUGGUAUUCCAGCACACAUGCCCAGGGGCACAAGGCAAUGACAGACGAGGAGCCAAACCUUUAUUUUACUAUACCACUAGUUCAUUAUAUUGCAGAUGUAGCCUAUUGUGUUUCAUUAUACCUCCAGUGCAUCGAUACAGACACAAAUAAGUACUCUACAUUGUCUUCUAUGUAUAGAUUCAUACUGGCUUAUUCACUGCUGGGAAUUCAAUAUCAUCUGGCUGUUCUUAUAACUCAGCAAUGUGUUUAUGCUGUCCUAUUUUGGUGAAUAGGCAUUGAAGAGAAGUGCUGCAAUAUUCACAUUGUUUUUCUGAAAGAAUGGAUGCAGUGUGACCUUGAGCUGUGUGUGUGUGUGUGUGUGUGUGUGUGUGUGUGUGUGUGUGUGUGUACAUGUGAGUGUGGAGGAGCUGUGUGUGUACAGCAUGGCCCUUACGAAUGAUUUGUGUGUGACCUGGGUGAAUUAUACAUGCUAAAGCAGCUAAAGCAGAGGCUGAAACAGAGGAGACUAAUGCCCCUAAUGCAGGAUUCUCCAACUGGCGGCACGCGGGUGUUUCUUUUAAUAGUUUGGACAUAAAAGACUGUAAAAACACCUGGAAAUUGUUGGAAAUCUGUUCCCAAGUAUUCCCACACAUAAUAGAGAGACAAAUGAUAAUAAUAAUAAUAUGCCAUUUAGCAGACGCUUUUAUCCAAAGCGACUUACAGUCAUGUGCGCAUACAUUUUUACGUAUGGGUGGUCCCGGGGAUCGAACCCACUACCCUGGCGUUACAAGCGCCAUGCUCUACCAAUUGAGCUACAGAGGACCAUCAACUAGGUGGGCCGAUCGUAUACAAAUGUAAGCAAGGUUUUAAAUGAUUAUGUUUUAUUCAAAUAUGAUAUCUGUUUGGGCUUCUUGUGUUCAAUUUGCAGUCUACAAAUUAUUUGUAAUUAUGUCAUCUGCUCAAGAAAAGAUCGGCCCACCUAGUUGAUGAUCCCUGCCCUAAUGGGUCACCUGUCACAGUGAGUCCCUCAGCUUCAGCCAGGCCCCCUGGUGGUCAAUCACCAGACCACAGCUACAGCUCCAGGCAGGAGAGGAGAGGGGCUUGUUUGACUUCUCUAUUACUGUGUUCAAGUGCUUUUGGAAUAAGUAUCUUACAUGUUGUAAUAUUUGUGAGUUACAUUCUGUAUGCCAACUCUGUAUCCCAUCCCUUGGCAUCACAGAGGCCAGAACUUCACACUCUGGUUCCAUCUUAGCACACACACACACACACACACACACACACACACACACACACACACACACACACACACACACACACACACACACACACACACACACACACACACACACACACACAUAGGUACGCACAUACCCCCCCCCACACACACACACACACACACACAAACCAUAAAAUCUGCCUUUUAAGUCUAAUGUCAAAAUGUAUGAGGAAAUUCUACUGCCUCUAAACCUUUAUGUAAAGCUCUAAACCAGCUUUAUUUCUUAUACAACCAGCUUUAUCUAUCGCACGCAUACAGUACACACACUCAAUCUUCUGUGAAUGCUGACAGAAAAAUAUAAAGCAAUCAAACUUAUUCACUAUUCCCUACUCAUCCUCUGUGUGCGUCACAGUCAGCUAAUAACUAAGAUCCUCUUUAAAACAUAAAGGCACGUUGCCAGAGUCGCUUUUUCCCCACUUUCUCAUCAUUAACAAAGUCAUUUACUUACAGGGCCACAGUUUGCUGACGGUCUGUUCUCUCUGAAGUGCUUUUCUGUGUGUCUGCUGUGUGUGUGUGUGUGUGUGUGUGUGUAUGUAUGUGUGUGUGUGUGUGUGUGUGUGUGUGUGUGUGUGUGUGUGUGUGUGUGUGUGUGUGUGUGUGUGUGUGUGUGUGUGUGUGUGUGUGUGUGUGCAGUUAUAGGAAGCUAGAUAACGUGUGUCCAGACAGCGGAAGGAAAUCCUGUUUACGUCUUCAGUAAAUAAGACUGUAGACAGACUCUAAUCAGACUCUCUCUCUCUGUGUCUAUGUGUGUAUAGGUAGAGCUAGGCAAGAUAAAUCCUUGUUUGAUGACCUGUGGACUAUUUAACCUCCUUGUACAAAGAGAGAGCCUAAAACGAUAUUGCCUCUCUACAGUACACUCUUAGAAAAAAAGGUGCUAGCUAGAACCAAAAAGGAUUCUUUGGCUGUCCCCAUAGGAUAACCCUUUGAAGAACCCCAUUUGGUUCCAGGUAGAACCCUUUUGGUUCCAGGUAGAACCCUUUCCACAGAGGGUUCUACAUGGAACCCCAAAUAGUUUUACCUGGAACUAAAAAGGGUUCUACUUGGAACCAAAAAGGGUUAUCCUAUAGGGACAGCUGCAGAACCCUUUUGGAACCCUUUUUUUCAAAGAGUGUAGCUCUGUUUUCUGGGUUUACCCCCUCAGUGUGGAGUUUGUUGUGGGGAUACAAACAGUGACAGCAAGUCCAACUACACAGCUGUAUUGCAGAUGAGGGUAAAAGUCAUAGGUACACUUGAUGUUGAACCAAGACGUAACUGAUCUGGCACAUACCAUGUGGAUAGACAGAGUAUUAAGACCCUUCAUCAGUUAACCGUAGAAACCAAAGACUUGUCUUAUCUUCCCAUUUAGAGCUAACUACAGUGAGGAUGAGCAGAGGGAGUAGAGACUAAGUAGAGACUGAGAGUUUUGAAGUUAAUCCACAUGCUACUCUUUCCUUACUCCUAACCGGCUUGUCUUGCUAUGUUUAAAUAAUUACACAGCUCCCUCCUGGUAAUUGUCAUUCUAGAAACCAUAAAUGUUUUCAUGAGGAGAAGAAAGAAGAAGAGAAAAUAAAGUCAGCCAGAUAAUGACAGUGUGUUGAAGGGCUUUGGACUCUGUGGUUGGUCUGUGGUUGUUUUGGUGAUAUCUUUCUUUCAUGAAGCCUGAAAGGCCUAUAGCUGCGGGCAGCGGGGUAACCCGGCCAUGACUGUACUGUAUGGAAACAACAAAGGUUAGAGAGAGAGAGUGGAGAGAGAUGAAGAAAGAGAAAAAAGUACAAGAGAGAGAGAGAGAGAGAGAGAGAGAGAGCGAGAGAGUGAGAGUGAGAGUGAGAGUGAGAGUGAGAGUGAGAGUGAGAGUGAGAGUGAGAGUGAGAGGGAGAGAGAGAGAGAGAGAGAGAGAGAGAGAGAGGAGGUAAGACAUCUAAUCAGAAGCUGCUGUAUUUUGGUCCGUGCCGUGUGUGUUUUGGUGUCUGUCUCUGAGAUGUUCAUAACAGUCGUAAAUAUUGGGCUUUCCAGGUGCCUGGCGGUUUGUCUGCUAUUUCAUGUGUGAGGAUGGAAGCAUCUCUGAUCAUCUCCUCCUUGUACACACACGUGCACACACACGUUUUUAGCAGGGGUCGGUAUACCGCUAUAGCGGCGGAAAACCUCUCCUGGCACCCUGGCUGUCUGUCUCUGUGGUCUCCUGUGGAUGUGUCUGUAAGGGGAACAGGCUGUGAUGUGUGCCCCAGUGUCUCCUCACAUCACCACAGUCUAAACAGCAGGGAGUGGCGUUCUGUCUGAUCCGGUAUCCCUCACAUCAACUGGGACCUACACUACAGGGGAACAUUAAAUGCUGUCAGAGGGGAGGGGAGAUAAAUUAGGUGAGAUAAAUGGUUGGGGGAGAGGGGGAUGGAGAUGGAGAAGAGUGGUGGGGGGGGAGUAGGCCUAGAGAGGUCUCAAAUGAGAAACCAGAUGUCUUCCACUAACUCCAGCACCAGUCCUGUUGAGAGAGAGGAAGGUACUGAGUUAAAGACCCCCAAAAACUCACCAUCUCCACCAAUAACUGUUACUUGGAUAGUCCCAAGUAGAUGAUCUACAGAUGGUCAUACUAUCAACAAACGAUAUGUUGAUAAGCAACUGCUUGCUAAGGUUAGGGUUAGGGUUAGGGUUAGGUUUAGAAUAAGGGUAGGGUAAGGGUUAAGGUUAGGAUAAGGGCUAGGGUUAGGGUUAAGUUUAGGGUUGGGAUAAGGGUUAGUCGAUAGUUAGUUGAAAUGUUGUUGACAGUUAAUAAACAUCUACUGAACAUCUAUAAACCAUCUACUUGGGACUAUCCAAAUAAAGGAUUACCCUUCUAUCUCAUGGAUAGUGCUUCACUAAACAAUGUUGCAAGUCAUAUUUGGACAUCUAUUUCAUAUACUAUUUGGACAAGGAAGUUAGUCAUGGUCUAUGACAUGAGGACAUACUUCUGUAUCGACUGUCAGCUAAAUGGCGCAGUGGACAUUCUGUGGUUCUGAUUUUUUUGGGACAUCAUAAAUCCAGCAUCCUGCUGUCACAGACUCGUUCUUCUGCUAGAAAAUCUGUAUUCCUUAACCACAAAGAUAGCUUCCACCUUCAGAUUUGUUUCCUGCUUGUAUCUUAUCUGAGGCUAAUAUUUAGGCUACGUAGCCAUGGCUAACAAACAGAAUUCUUGUCUUUACACGGUAAAGAAAGGCACAGUAGUCAACUGUAUCUCGUAGGCUUUGCAUAUAAUUUCUUUGCCUAUUUCACAGAUUAUGCACUUCAUGAAAUCUGUGAGUGAUAGGCCUAACUGACUCGUAACUCUCUCAGAUAUUUUUCUGCCAAUCCAUAGACUGUGCUGGACCAGAGGCUGUCUUUCUGCAGUAAACUGUGUUUCGCCAUCGGAGGAGCACCCAAUCAGGUGGCCGGCAGUGCUACGGCAUUCUUCCUCCAAAUCUACCUGCUGGAUGUCGCCCAGGUAACACAUCUGUGUGUGUGUGUGUCCCUCUCUUUUUCUCUUCCUAUUUUCUCUCGCUCUCUCUCUCUCUCUCUCUCUCUCUCUCUCUCUCUCUCUCUCUCUCUCUCUCUCUCUCUCUCUCUCUCUCUCGCUCUCGCUCUCGCUCUCUCGCUCUCUCGCUCUCUCUCUCUUUCCCUCUCUCUCCCUAUUUUUCCCUCUUUCCCUAUUUUCCUUCUCUCUGUGUCUUCUAACUCCAUCCCUCUGUUAUCUCCUCCUCAGAUCAACCCGUUCCAGGCCUCCAUGGUUUUGUUCAUAGGGAAGGCGUGGGGAGCCAUGACCGACCCUGUUGUCGGCUUCUUCAUCACCAAGAGCAAGUGGACCAGGAUAGGCAGACUCAUGCCCUGGUGAGGCCAUACACACAUCGAUCACUGGUUGCACAGAGUGCACACACCUGGUUUCCCAAGGGAAAAAACAGCAGAGCAGCUCCAUAGGACCACAGACCUUAGUGUUUGUAUGCACUCUGAGAAAUGCUACCUGUAAGUGCUAGGCUUCACAUUUGGACACUAUUGGAUUAUACUAAAGCUUUUCUCCGUGGCCAAUGUGAGUAAAACUUUUAAACAGGUUAACACUCGCAAGGCCGCCGGGCCAGACGGAAUACCAGGGCGAGUUCUCAAAGCAUGCGCAGACCAGCUGGCAAGUGUCUUCACAGACAUUUUCAAUCUCUCCAUGUCCCAGUCUGUAAUCCCAACAUGUUUCAAGCUGACCACCAUUGUCCCUGUUCCCAAGAACUCCAAGGUAACCUGCCUAAAUGACUAUUGCCCUGUAGCACUCACAUCUGUAAUGAAGUGCUUUGAAAGGCUGGUCAUGACACACAUCAACCAUCAUCCCAGACACCCUGGAUCUACUCCAAUUCGUAUACCGCCCCAACAGAUCCACAGAGGACACAAUCUCAAUUGCACUUCACACUGCCCUCUCCCACCUGGACAAGAGGGGAAAUAACUAUGUGAGAAUGCUGUUCAUAGACUACAGCUCAGUGUUCAACACAAUAGUCCCCUCCAAGCUCAUCACCAAGCUAGGGAGCCUGGAACUGAACACCUCACUCUGCAAUUGGAUCCUGGACUUCCUGACAGGACGUCCCCAGGUGGUGAGGGUAGGAAACAACACCUCCGCCACGCUGACCCUCAACACGGUGGCCCCUCAGGAGUGUGUGCUUAGUCCCCUCCUGUACUCCCUGUUCAGCCACAACUGCGUGGUCACCUAUGACUUCAACACCAUCAUCAAGUUUGCUGAACACGACGGUGGUAGGUCUGAUCACCGACGGCGAUGAGACAGCCUACAGGGAGGAGGUCAGAGACUUGGCAGUGUGGUGCCAUGACAACAACCUCUCCCUCAAUGUCAGUAAGACCAAAGAUCUGAUCGUGGACUACAGUAGAAAGAGGGGAGAGCACGCCCCCAUCCAUAUCGACGGGGCUGUAGUGGAGCGGGUCGAAAGCUUCAAGUUCCUUGGGAUCCAUUUCACUAAGGAUUUGGUCCACACACACCCGCACAGUCGUGAAGAGGGCACAAAAGCGCCUCUUCCCCCUCAGGAGGUUGAAAAUAUUUGGCAUGGGCCCUCGGAUCCUCAAAAUGUUCUACAGCUGCACCAUCGAUAGUAUCUUGACUGGCUGCAUCACCACUUGAUAUGGUAAAUGCACCACCAUCGACCGCAAAUCUCUACAGAGGGUAGUGCGGACAGCUCAGUACAUCACUGGGGCCAAGCUCUCUGCCAUCCAUGACCUCUAUAUCAGGCGGUGUCAAAGGAAGGCCUGAAAAAUAGCCAAGGACUGCACCCAAGCCAUAGACUGUUCACUCUGCUACCCUCCGGCAAACGGUACCGGAGCAUUGGCUCUCUGACCAACAGGCGCCGAAACAGCUUCUACACCCCAAGCCAUAAGAUUUCUAAAUAGCCAUAAGAUUGCUAAAUAGUUCAUUAAUGGUUACCCAGACUAUCUGCACUGACUCUGCACACUCACAAUACUAUACAGUAUAUACACAGUAUAUACACACUAUAUGCACACUCACACACACACAUUCACAGACACUACGUACACACACAUAACACACACAUAACACACACACACACACACACACACACACAUACAAACACACUUUCACACUCAUCAUAUGCUGCAGCUACUGUGUUCUUUAUUCUUAUUCUUAUCUAUCACUUUACCCUGCCUUCAUGUACAUAUCUACCUCAAAUACCUCAUACCUCUGCAUACUCCCUGUAUAUAUAUAUGUAUUUUAUUCUUCUUGUGUUACUAUUUAAAAACAAAUAUUAUUGUUUAACUCUGCAUCGUUGGGGAUGGGGUCUUUAGCAAGCAUUUCACGGGUAAGUCUAUACCCGUUGUAUUCGGAGCAUAUGACAAAUACAAUAUUUUUAUUUUAUAUUUGUAAACCACAGCUGUAUCCUUAUAACUGUAGACCUGCAGAGAGUGUUUACCAAAAGCACCACAUCAAACUUAACUGUAACCCUAGGUGUCAGCUCUAAAGGUUGUUUGUGUGUGUCAGCUCAAAGCUGUGUAAACGCAUUGGCUUGACACAACUCACUUACAAUAAGUACUGGUUGAGUACUUAGUGCUGAUUCUGAUGUGACUGAGGUAGUGAUGUGUAAGCUCUAUAAGCCAUAGAUUACUGACAAGCUGACAGGCUGGAGAGAGACCAGAUCACAGCAUUACUGAUUUGAUUACCACUGUAUGUCUGUGUGUGUGUCCUGACUGUUUUUGUGGCAGAACACUGUGGCCCUGCCCGAUUGUGUGUGUGUGUAUGAUGAUCAUCACCUGGGGCGGCAGGUAGCUUAGUGGUUAAGAGCGUUGUGCCAGUAACCGAAAGGUCGCUGGUUCUAAUCCCCGAGCCGACUAGGUGAAAAAUCUGUCGAUGUGCUCUUGAGCAAGGCACUUAACCCUAAAUGCUCCUGUAAGUCGCUCUGGAUAAGAGCGUCUGCUAAAUGACUAAAAUGUAAAAUCAGCACCGUGAGAAAGCCAGACCCUCCCUCUAGUUAACUCCUGAAGGAAACCCCCUCUAACUGUCAGACAGGAAGUCCCCUGGACAUGGGUUGUGACAUCAUCAGACAGACAGAAAGGGAUCAGUAUCUGUGUCCUGAGCAGUUUGUGGCAGAACACCGGGGCUGUGCCCGGUUGUGUGUGUGGUUUAUGGCUGCGCCCGGUUGGUACCCCUGGGUACUACUCUGUUUGUUAUGUUAGAGCCCGCAAUGCCAGCCGAGAGGAACGUUUAGAUAAAACUUGGACUCUCUGAGAGUGUGAUGGAGCUGAAAUCCUCUCCUUGCUUUGGUCUCAGUCUCUGUGUGUGUCUGCCUGGGUGCAUGUGUUUUGCCCUACUUCCCCUUUUACUACCCAUCCUGUGAGCCAUCUUACAGAACAUUCUAACAGUCUAUUCUAACAUUAUAACUGUUCCAUUCAGUCACUGUGCCUUUUCAACCCUCCCAUGACCAGCCUAUACAGCAGCAGGCCCAACCCCAGCCCCAGCGCUAGGCAGCCCUGUCACUCUCUUUGUGUGGCUGAACAAUCACUAAGGACAGGCCUCUGUGUCACAGGGAGAGCUGGAGUGUACCAGAACUCACCACUCUCUACCUCUCUCUACCUCGUUCUCCCUCGUUCUCUCUGUCCUCUCUCUACCUCGUUCUCUCAGUUCUCUAUCUCUCUCUUUCUCUAUAAUCCCCUUUUCUCUCUUUCUAUCUGUUAGAUCAGCUUUAAUAUUGCAGAUAUAUACAGUACCAGUCAAAAGUUUGGACACACCUACUCAUUCAAGUUUUUUACUAUUUUCUACAAUGUAGAAUAAUAGUGAAGACAUCAAAACUAUUAAAAACACAUAUGGAAUCAUGUAGUAACCAAAAAAGUGUUAAACAAAUCAAAAUAUAUUUGAGAUUUGAGAUUCUUCAAAGUAGCCACCCUUUGCCUUGAUGACAGCUUUGCACACUCUUGGCAUUCUCUCAACCAGAUUCAUGAGGUAGUCACCUGGAAUGCAUUUAAAUUAACUGGUGUGCCUUGUUAAAAGUUAAUUUGUGGAAUUUCUUUCCUUCUUAAUGCGUUUGAGCCAAUCAGUUGGUAUACAGAAGAUAGCCCUAUUUGGUAAAAUACCAAAUCCAUAUUAUGGCAAGAACAGCUCAAAUAAGCAAUGAGAAACGACAGUCCAUAUUCAACCCCCUCCCAUCUAUCUCUGAAGACCAUCCAGUUUGAUUUCUAUUUGCAAUAUAUUUUUAACUGUGCUGUUUCACAAAAGUUCUGAACCUGUAUACAUUUUACAGACAUAGCAUAUUUUACAUUAGUUAUCUUGUUGUUUUUAGUCCCACCCUUCAGCUCCACUCAACCCCUCCCAUCUAUCUCUUAACACCAUACAUUUUUUAUUUCUAUUUGCCAUAUAUUUUCAACUGUGCUGUGAUGUUUCACAAAAGUUCUAAACCUUUCUAUUCUCAUAGUUUCUACAGAUUGUAAAUUUAAGAUACAUUUUUUGCUAAAAUUAUUAUUAUAUUAUUGAUCGAUUGACUAUGACUUUUCAAAUCACCCAGCAGUGCUAUUUGCAGAGUUAGCUCCAGGUAAAUAUAGCAAUUCUUUAGUCAUUCCUAGACCUGCGACCAAAAACUAUCUACAUAUGGACAUUACCAAAAACGAAUGAUCUAAUGAUUCUGUCUCUUCGCAGCAUAAUCUGCAGAGCUGGGAUGGUUGUAUCCCCCAUAUACUGUAAGCAUUUCGCUACACCCGCAAUAACAUCUGCUAAACACGUGUAUGUGACAAAUAAAAUUUGAUUUGAUAAAAUUUGAUUUGAUAUAACUUUCUACUGGUAGCAAGAAUUUUGUAUAUUAAUUUAAAUUGAACAAUUCUAAGUUUUGAAUCUGGCAUCGUUUUGCGUAUCAGUUCAUAAACCAUGUGUCAUGGAAUCGGUACAUCGAAAAUCUCUUCCCAACUAUUUUGAAAUCUAUAUGGCACAGCUGUCAUUUUUUUUGUCCUUAAAUGAAACUGGUGUACUUUUUUAUUUACCACAAUUGUCUUUAACCAAUUUUGGUCUUUAAUGCAGGGCGACAUUUUUGCAGUUAUGCUGCAAUUAGUUGGUUGUAAUUUUGGGUAGAGCAGACAUUUCCAUAUAUUUUUGUUAGGUGCAUGUGUGACAUAACUCCACCAGUCCUAUUUAUGAAAUCAUUUACAAAGAUUAUACAUUUUUUAAACAUUUUUUCCCAAAAUAAUGUUUUUUUUAUCAAUUAGUAUAUUUGAGUUUAACUACAAUAUUUGUUGUAUUAUUCCUUCUGUCUUUUCUGGCAGAUUAAACUGAAAUUGCAACCAACUUUCUCUGUCUUGUUUUAAAAAUAGGGACAUUUUGGAGAUUAUUUCAUAUACAAAUAACUGAAAGUGAGAGGUUGUAAAAAAGGCCAUUCUUGAACAUGGGGUGAGACAUUCUUACUAAUCUGCUAGAGAACCAGUUUGGAUUUAAGUAUAACUUUUGUAUGACUGAAGCCUUUAGUGAGAGGUCUAAUGCUUUAAUAUUUAAUAAUUUCUGCCCUCUGAGUUCAUAUUCAUUAUAUAAAUAUGCCCAUUUAAUUUUGUCUGGCUUGGCGUUAAAAAAAAAAAGGAAUAUUUUUUGCUCAUAUAAUUUAAAAAACUGGUCACUAGGUGUAGGCAAGGCCAUAAGCAAAUAGGUAAUCUGGGAUAUGACUAAAGAGUUAAUUAGGGUGAUUUUUCCACAAAUAGACAGGUAUUUUAUUUUCAAUGGUAGUGUUGUGGAAAUCCUUACACAGGGACACUCACAGUCAAUCUUAAAUGAAUCAUUGUUUAUUGGAGAGGUUCCAACAAACUUAAUGCACCAUAGUGAACAUCUGUCAGAAGCUCUAAUGGGGCAGUCCCGUUAGUUCUCAUAUAUACUGCAGACAAGUCAUAUUUGCAUGAUUUAGCUUAUUCAUGAUUAAUUAAUCAUUAACGUUUGCCUUAUUCAUGUGACAGACCAAUACCUCACAAGGCUUCUUCUCUAAGCUGAGACGUUGAAACUGAGAUAUCAAAACAAGGGUCUGGGCGUACUGCCAAAUUUCAGAUACUUAUAGUGAGGGUUCGUUCAAUCAGUCACUUGCAUGAACACAGAAAUUGGUUUAUAGAAAAGCACAAACAUAGAACAUAGAAAUUGGUAAAUAGAAAAGCACAAACAUAAUAAUUUCCAUCACAGUAGCAAUAUCUUAUCUAUUUUUGCUAACUUUCUAUUAAAAUGUAUUGUAGUGAGAUCAUUUAUUUAUUUUGGGGUAUGAAUACCGAGUAUGUCCACAUCACCGUCAGACCAUAAUAUAGUACACUUAUCAUAAUUUGGUUGUAAUCCAGAGAGGUUAGAAAAAGUAUUUAGAUCCUCUAUGAGGUUGUGGAGGGAUCCAAAUAGUGGAUUUAAAAGAAAACAUGAAUCAUCAACGUACAAUGAUACCUUUGUUUUUAAGCCCUGGAUUUCUAGCCCCUUGAUAUUAUUGUUGGAUCUCAUUUUAAUAGCUAACAUAUCGAUGGCCAUAAUAAAUAGAUAUGCCGAUAGUGGACAACCUUGUUUUACUCCUCUUGACAGUUUAAUACUUUCUGAGAAGUAGCCAUUAUUUACUAUUUUACACCUAGGGUUACUAUACAUAACUUUAACCAACUGUAUAAGAGACUCUCAAAAAUUGAAAUAUUCCAGGCAUUUAUUUAUAAAUUCCAGUGGUACCUGAUGAAAAGCAUUUUCAAAGUCAGCUAUGAGUACCAGGCCUAGUUUCCCAGAUUUUUCAUAGUGUUCUAUUGUUUCCAGUACUUGUCUUAUAUUUUCUCCAAUGUAUCGUCCAUGUAAAAAAAAGGAUGAAUAAUAUCCGACAAUACCUUUCUAAUUCUAUGCGCUAUGCAUUUUGCUAGAAUUUUUGCAUCAUAACACUGAAGUGUAAGGGGCCUCCAAUUUUUUUAAAUGGACUGGAUCUUUAUAUUUACCACUUGGGUCCUGUUUCAGUAAUAAUGAAAUCAGACCUUCUUGUUGAGUAUCUGAUAAUCUACCAUUUUUAUAGGAGUGGUUAAAACAUGCUAAUAACGGUCCUCUGAGUACAUCAAAAAAGGUUUGGUAUACCUCAACUGGUAUGCCAUCCAACCCUGGAGUUUUUCCGGACUUUAAGGCUUUAAUUGCAUCAAGAAGAUGCUAAUUUUACAUUAUUAAUAGAAAAAAAAUCCAUACAAUUUACUUUCUAUCUGUUCUUAGUUAAACUGAAUUCCAGGGCAGGACAGGUCUGGAGUUAGGGCAACAAGAGCAGAGGGGGUGGGGUUUAGUAUGAGGAUGGGGGUCAAACACCUUGGGGUCCUAUCAGGUCAAAGGUUAGAGUUCAGGUCCAUUUUGGAAAUGUUUUGGCAUUGUCACCAAAACAACGUGACUGUGGCUAUUUGGGGGUGGUGCGUAGAGGAUGUGGUUGAGCUAGCAAAAGCAUGCUUAGCUGUGUUAACUAUAUUUACUUAGUUGACACUACAGCUGCAGAGCAUUCGUUGGUCUUGAGUCUUUAUGAUAAGGAUGUUUUCCUAAGUGUGAACUCUAUGAUGUACAGAUACUCAGUAGAUGUUAUCAGAUGAACCUAAGAUAUAGCUUAGUUUUUUGGGGUGUCCGUCCUCGGCUCCUAGUCUAUGUUGCUUUAGUGGGAAAGAAUUAGAGCCUAUUCGUGUAUAACUCAGUGGUUAUAGAUGAUAUAGUUAUUGAGGACUGGAGGAAAGUGCACUAGUCCACAACCUCCCCACUCUAUUAUACAUAGACAACACAGCUCCCCAUAUCCUCCAAACUGCACAAUGCAGAAUAAUUAUUAUGUCCUGAGAUGCCUGUGUGUGCGCGUGUGCCUGAAUAAUGCUCAUGAUCAUGCGAGUUAGCGAUUCUGUGGCAUAUUGCAUCUUCCCGUCCUCCCACUGUGCCGCCACACUAACUCAGAACGGAUUCCUUCAGAUUCACAAACACACCAUCCAUCGCACCUAAAACAGCCCACACACCAUCAAUCUAUCACUGGCCUAACAGGUUUACAGGCUUUUAUACAUAGUUGUCUAAACCAGCCUGCUGAGAUAAACUGUCAUGUCUUUAUCCAUUGCACAAACCCAUAAUGAGGCCAGAGUUUCACAAUAAAAAAUUAUACAAAAUUUGCCUAAAUGUUUGCUCAAACAAUAGCCAUUAAGAUAUGCAAUAAGGGCCUCCCGGGUGGCGCAGUGGUCUAAGGCACUGCAUUGCAGUGCUAGCUGUGCCACUAGAGAUCCUGGUUCGAGUCCAGACUCUGUCGCAGCUGGCCGUGACCGGGAGACCCAUGGGGCGGCGCACAAUUGGCCCAGCGCCGUCCAGGGUAGGGGAGGGUUUGGCCGGCAGGGAUGUUCUUGUCCCAUCGCGCACUAGUGACUCCUGUGGCAGGCUGGGCGCAGUGCACGCUGACUCGGUCACCAGGUGUAUGGUGUUUACUCCGUCACAUUGGUGCGGCUGGCUUUCGGGUUAAGCAGGCACUGUGUCAAGAAGCUGUGCGGCUCGGUUGGGUUGUGUUUCGGAGGACGCAUGACUCUCGACCGUUGCCUCUCCUGUGUCCGUACGGGAGUUUCAGCGAAAAAGGGGGUAAAAUACCAACAAACAAAAAAAAGAUAUGCAAUAAGAAACAAUAACCCUGCCCUCCCUUUUUUGUCUCUGUAGGAUGGUGGGCUGUACUCCGUUUGUGGUGGUCUCCUACUUCUACCUGUGGUUCGUUCCUCCCUUCACAAACGGACGAUUCAUCUGGUACCUGGGCUUCUACUGCCUCUACCAGACACUCAUCACUGUAAGUACCAGCCAGAUACCUACUACUGCUAGUAUUACAUAAACGUUGGCCCACAAGGACAACCAUUUACACAUCCUCCUUCUCAGAUACAGUAUCUUAUCUAACACUAUUCAACACUGACUUUGUUUACCCAACUACCAUUGUUCCUGGAUACAGCUUUCUAUCUGCCAGAAAAGAUACAGAUAAGCAGAGAUGACUUGCAGAACCCAACACAAUACUAUAGUGAGCAGAGCCAACAUGUCAUAAAACAAAACCCUUUUGAUAGUUCACCUCAAACAAGUGUGUUUAUUUAGGUUUAUUUUGUUACUAUGGUACAGCUUCAAACCCUUUCCCUCUCUUUCACUCUCCUUUUCUCUUUUUCUCGUUCUCUCUCUCUCUCUCGUUCUCUUUCUCUCUGCAAUGUCUCUCUCUCCUCUGCUCUCUCUCUCUCUAAUCUAUUUUACAUAUGCUACAGAGCAUGUUUACCACUGCCCAUCGUAGCCACAUUGCGAUGGCCUAUAAUGACGUCAUUCUAACUACUUGAUAAGUAUACACUCGGCCCUGUCAGAGACCGCUGGGUGGGUAAAUGCUGGUUGCCACUUUUAGCUUCCCUUCAUUGUCUUUGUGUGUGAGAGACUGAGAACAAACAGCUGCUAUCACUUUAAGGCCCUACAGUAGUAACAAUAAAAAAAACAGGUAGUGUACAUCACCGGCCAGUGUAAUCAUUCAAUCAUGAUUUGAUGACCACUGUAAGUCCUUCUACGUGAGGCAAAACUCUGGUCAAAUUGGGUUCUAUAAAUUGUGUUUUUACAACAAGGCCCCACAAAUGACAUGCUUGGCCUUCCCUCCUUCCCUCCAUCCCUCCUUCCCUCCAUCCCACCCUGGGCCGAAGAGAAGGAGAAGGGCUGGGACAGUCUUUCAUGGCAGUGUUCAUUUCUGUAAUCUCUUUGGACGCUCGGUGAGUUGUUCGGUCGCUGCAUCGUUCGGCCACAAUGCUGAUUGAGCUGUUGUGUAAAUGACAAAGGAGAAGAAAGGCUGGGGUUGAAGGCGAAGGCUAGGGUUGCUGACUGAUCUACUAAAUUUGGCCUUUACUACUAUAGCCCAUAGAAACACAUUGAAUACACAUUCAUAAAUGGCAAAAAAGACAGUCAAAAAAUGUAUCAUAAGGGAUAAGGUUUUGAAGAGGAGAUAUAAGAAAGCUAAGGAAAUAUUUGUGUUUUUUGGACACAUAUUUAACACCUUUUUUGGGGGGCACAAAACUACCUCCAUUCUUUCCAUGUAUUUUUUAAACCGGUACCGCUUACCUUCAAAUAAGUCCCGUGACACAAAAUGGAGAAUAACAUCUUGUUUGUGAGAAUCUCCCCUUUCCAUAGUGGAGUCAUAUUAGUUUGUUGCCCAAACGGUUUGGAUGCUACAGAUGUUUUCAUUAGAAGACUGAUUUUCGGGACGUCUCAUGGUCUGACAAACAACCCUGUAGCUCGCCCACUUUCCACCACAUAUGUGGAAGGCCGACAUAGACGGAUGCGGUGGAUUGAGUAGCAGCCUAUGACAAAAACAAAAAUAUUUCUAGCUUAAAUUGACAGAUUUUGAUGGGGAUUUUAUUAUGAUGUUACUUAGAUUGACACACGGGUGCUCUUAAGGGUUAAUGUUGCAGUGAAUCAUCGUCUUGAGUGGAACAUGCAGCAUAAAAUAUCCCCAAAAGGUGGAAAUGAUAUGGACUCUGACCCUCUGUCCUAUAUCUAACCAUAUCUAAUCAUGUCCUCUGUGUUUCUUCUGUGUUUCCCAGUGUUUCCAUGUGCCUUACUCUGCCCUCACCAUGUUUCUCAGUACAGACCAGAAGGAGAGAGACUCAGCCACAGCCUAUCGUAGGUCACUAUUAAACAGACCUUAGUUUGUUUAAUAAAAUUCAAGCACUAUUCUGUCAUUCUGUUUUGAUAGUACUUAAUACUGUAAAAAAUAUGUUAUACUGCAGGUAUGACCCUGGAGGUGCUGGGUACUCUAGUUGGCGCUGCCAUCCAGGGUCAGAUUGUGGCAAGCGCCCACACCCUGAAGCACUGCCCCCACCACAACAUGUCCACCGGUCACCUAGGCAACGGCAGUGGGGCCGAGAUCGUCAAGAGAAUCGUUCACUCCCAGGACUUCCUGUCACAUGCUGUAAGUGUCACCGUGACAACAAACAACCUGACCUGGGGUGUUACCAUGGUAUUCCGAUUUUGAAAACAACUGUAAGUGACAGUAGUGUCCUCAACUACCUCAGGGCUGCACAUUCAGGGGCAUCUUUUCCUUUAACUUCACUUUUUCAUUUCCUUUUUUAAAGUCUCAAAGUUGAAAGGAAACAAACAGGAAACCAGUUGAAGGUCAACAAGUAUGAAAAUAGUGAUUUGUUGAAACUUAAAGGAAUAUGAUGAAUAGGAUGUUUGUGUUUGUAGACUGUCUAGCGGUGAGAUUUAGUCUUACCAUGUACCAACUUAAAGAGGGCUUUAUAGACAUAUAUUAUUUAUCAUCCUGGGUUUGAAGUGACCAUAGGACGCCCCAGCUUUCCUCCCCUCCCUUGGCACUGACCACAAAAAGGGGUUUCCUCCCUGACAUCAGCCAUCAAACCCCUUCCCUAAAAUAAGAGACUCCUCCCCACACUGAGGGGGUGACCACAGUCUGUGUGUGAUUAAGGCUAUUUUUAUCACAUUCAAAAACACCUGAAUGAACCCCAGACCCCAAACUCGACAUGUAGUUUGUUGGGAUUAGGGGACUAACAAUAUUGAACAUCUAUUUCCAGCCAAACCCAGACCGGAACAUUACAUUUGAAUUGAACUGGUUGUUCAUUUCCUUAGCAGUAUACUGUACAUAUAGCCAAUGAAAAGAUCACUGAGACAACCCAGAGACCCUGAUGUGAAUCUUGUGAACGCAAAGGUGGUUUAUGGGUUCAUGGGUAAAACGCGGCGAGCGGGCUCCAGCCCAAACUGUUCCGUGUUGGAUUCGGGCACGCCGCGGCUAUUCAGGGGCUCAAGUGGUGCCUUUUCAAAUGAUUUUGGGUAAACCCAGAUGGUUCGGCUCUCUAACCAUGCAGGACCCUUUGUAGCCAUGCUGAGCAUUUACACACAAACACACACACUUGGAGCACUGUCACCACUAGAUUCCUCUGGGUUCGCGGGUGAGGGUGGCUCAUUCAUCUGGGCGAGUUCUCCAGUCCCUCAGAAAUUGGCGGAACGUUUGAUGUGAAUAAAUAAUAAUAAACCACUUUGCUGCACCGCCUGGAAAAAAUGGCAAACAAGCCCAGAGUUGUUUAGGGCAGUGCAGUUCCUGUUGGGGUCAACAUGAAAUCUUCAAGACUCUAUAGUAUUUUGGUAGGAUGUAUUUAAGGAUUUUUUUCUGUCUAUGCUUUUAUCUAAUCUGUUCAGUGAUUUAUGAGAUCUGGUAUCUGCUAGAGCGAUUUAAGGAGUGCUAGCGUAAAAUGACAGGGUCAACAAACACAUCGAUAUCUUCUAAUGUGACUUUUUGAUAACGGUUGAAGUGCAGUAUUUGGGUGGAGUUACAAAAUGGAAAUUGAGAAAGGCUCAGUACAGAUGUGCUCCUUCUGUAACCAAAGGCUUUAAAGAUUGAUAGUGGGCCCAAGGAAGAGUAGUGUAAUAAACAAAUAAAGGAUAGAUUUACACUGUUGUUUUUUUCCUGCCUUUGCUGAAUAAGUUUAUAUGCUCUCUAUCCUCCUUGUAGAAUGAGGUGUACAGUAUAUGAUUGUUUUUUCUUUUAUCCUUUUGCAGAAGGAGGUGUAUAUGAUUGCUGCUGGUGUGAUAGGAGGAGUGUUUCUCAUCUGCACUGUGGUCAUGUUCCUGGGAGUCAAAGAGAGAGAUGGUGAGUCUGUGUGUGUGUAUGUAUGUGUGUUUUGCGUGUGUGCAUGUGUGUGUGUGUGUGUGUGUUUGUGCACACUUUUCCCCAGCAAGUGUGUGUGCUCUCUUCCCCCUCUCAUAUUUCACUCUAACCUCAUUUGCAAAGUACCAGUAAGCAGUUUAGCCUUAUUCUGAACUGACUAUUUAGCUAGCUCCAUCCUUAUCCAAUGAUUAUCCAGCUCAGGGGAAAAAAUAAGAAUAAAUUAUUAAGUAUUAAGUGUAAAAGGAGAGAAUCUACCAUCCAUAUCUCUGUGCAAUUGUGAGAUGCAGGGCUCACUUGCAAAAGUGAAGAGACCUUGGUCACAAUGGGACUCCCUGCUAAAAUAAAGGUUAAAAAAAUAAUACAUCUUGUUUUUCAUGCACAUGGAGGCUGUCAGUGAACUGCUGACCUCACCACCAGUGAACCUGUUAGUUCUGGUUCUCUGUAGUGGCAAGCCCUGUGGAACAGACAGAGCAUAGCAAUGCUGCAAUGCAGGGGCAGCUACAGGGUUGCCAGAUUGGAGGCGAAAUCCCCCAUACGUGUCUCACUCAUGCUACUGUAUAUUCUCUCAUCACAGAAUGUGUGGUGCUUCAUGGGCUAGAUUUAGGGUUGGGAUAAAAGACAGAAACCAAAGAAACUGUCUCAUUUGACACUUUCAAAUGUUAUUCCUUUUCUUCCUCGCACAGAUCCAUACAUUUCGAAGACGGAGAAGCAGAUCCCGUUCCACAAGGGCUUCAUCCUGGUGAUGCGACACAGUCCCUACCUCACUCUGACUGCUGCCUUUCUCUUCAUCUCUGUUGCCAUUCAG